AUGUCGUCGAGAAGAGCUGCUGCUGCCACUGCUCGAAGGGGUAAACCUCUUUUCUCUUCAUCUUCUAUUAAAAUUACCAUUUUUGCCCCUGAUUCUAAAAUCAUAAAAAACAAGAUCCCUACUCCCACCAAAUUCAACAAUUUGGUGAAUGAUCUAUCCAAUUCGAUCCGAGCCGGUGCUUUUGUGAGGUUAGAGGAUGUAGUCGGCCUCUUUGACCGUAUGCUCCGCUCGCAGCCAUUGCCUUCUGUCCAGACCUUCAAUCACCUGUUAGCUACAGUUGCUAGAAUGAGACACUAUUCAACCGUGAUUUCUUUUCAUCGAGAGAUGAAUUGGUUAGGGAUCCCAUCUGAUAUCUAUACACGGAACAUUCUUCUCAAUUGUUUCUGCCACUUGAAUGGCGUUGGUUUCGGUUUCGCUGUUCUCAGCAACAUCCUGAAACGUGGCCAUGAGCCAGAUGCUGCGACUCUAGCUACUUUUCGUUUGGGAUACUUAUCGACGGUCUUUGCAAGUCGGGGAAUAAUGGAAUGGCGCUUGGGUUGCUCCGGGAAUUGGAGAAGGGUGCGGGUAAAUGUAGGCCUGACCUUAUGGUUUAUACCUCGAUCAUCGACAGUCUAUGCAAAGAUGGGCUCACAAAGGAGGCCCUUAAACCUCUUCUUAGAAAUGGUUGGUAAAGGGAUUCGGCCGAACGUUUUCACUUACAGUUCUUUAAUUCAUGGACUAUGCAAUUUAGGGCAGUGGAAAGAAGCAAUGAUUCUGUUUGAGGAAAUGUUGGAUGGAGGAAUCUCUCCUGAUGUGACAACCUUCAGCAUACUGGUGAAUGCUCUUUGCAAAGAAGGAAUGAUUAAAGAAGCCCAUGGAUUACUAGAAUUGAUGACCCAGAGAGGUGAGGAGCCUAAUGUAAUCACAUACAAUGCAUUGAUGAAUGGCUACUGUUUUACUAACCAAAUGGAUGCUGCCUUAAAGAUAUUUGAUAACAUGGUGUCUAAAGGCCAUAAGCCUAGUGUCGUGACUUAUAACAUCUUAAUCGAUGGAUAUUGCAAGAAUCAGAUGGUGGACGAGGCUAUGCAGCUGUUCCGAGAAAUGCCUUGCAAGGGAUUGGAGCCUAAUGUUGUUAAUUACAGUACUCUUAUAUGUGGGUUGUGCCGGCAUGGACAAUGUCCGAAUGUCCUCACAUACACCAUUUUGAUGGACGGGCUGUGUAAAAAUGAGCGUCUCAUUGAGGCAAUGAAACUACUCAAUGAGAUGGAAAUUAGAGGAAAUAAACCAAAUAAUGCAGUGUUCGAUGUCCUUAUCAAUGGGAUGUGCGAAGCUAAGGAACUCAAAUAUGUGAAGGAGCUUUUUAGUUGGGCCUCUUCCAAGGGCUUGGGGAAUAAUGUUAGAACAUAUAACACGUUAAUCAAUGGGCUCUGUAAAGAAGGGCUUAUGGAGGAAGCUAAUGGAUUGUUCUUGCAAAUGGAAGAGAAGGGUUGCCAACCUGACAGUGUCACCUUCAAUGCUUUAAUUAGGGGUUUUCUACAAAACAAUGAGACUAUCAAGGGAAUGCAACUUCUUGGUGAAAUGGCUAAAAGACAUUUUUCUGUAGAUGCAUCCACUACAUCUAUGUUAGUGGGCUUGCUCACAGAGGGUGCAAAAGGUCAAGAAUACCUUGGAAUGCUUAAUAAAUUUGUCCCCUAGGGCGAAUGAGAGGAAAAGGCCAAUGACAACUGUUGUAUUUUCAUCUGAUUCCCUUUUUGCCUUCCAUAUACUGGGAAUUGAUGCACUUGUGGGCAAUCAAAGUUCCAUAUCUGUCUGCUAUAUACAAAAGCUCCCUGCACCUUGGAGAUACAUUUCCUAGCAUCUUUUGGAUACUGAGGUAAGGGACUGGAUUUGAAACAUGGGGAAGAGGAAGUCAAGGGCAAAGCCACCUCCUAAGAAGUGGAUGGACAAGCUUGAUACUGUCUUUAGUUGCCCCUUCUGCAACCAUGGAACCAGUGUUGAGUGCGGCAUGCUUAUGUUCAACAGCUAGAGUCUAGUAGGAUUAACUUAGCUAGUACAGGAGCUCUAGAGGGCUCGAGCUCAGGUGAGGCUCUUUAUUCAUGUGUGCUAUAUAUUCAGUGUGGAUUUCAUUUUCCGUUCUUCUUUAUACUUGGAAGUUGGGUUUGAUAUUGCUCUAGUCAUUAGGUUAUAACCCAUGUAUGGAGGAUUUCAUGUUUCCAUGCUUGGGCCGCCAACCAAAAACAGAGUUCUCAACCUGUGGCUGGCCAUGAUUUAGAUAAUGCUAAGCACAAUUUGCAAAACAAAUCUACAGCUUUGAAGGCCCACUCUGCAAGGUACACUACAUGUAUACUUGUAGCAUAUGUGCAAUGUAGCAAAGUCAUUCUUGCAUGCUUUUUUUUUUUUUU